CACCUUCUCCUCUCACCUACUACUUCCCAUCUUUCCCAAGUAUGGAUUUCGCUCUUGAACCAAACAGUCCCGAAGAAGCCUGAUUCCUCUACCUCGAGCCUCUCAUCACUCAACGCACAUUCCAUGUCCAAUCCCAACCCCGGAUCGACAAUCCAUCGACCGUAUGCCCGUCGUCUGAUUUGGCGCACCAGACGGUGAGUGAUAGCGGUAACAGUAGUGGCACUGGUAGUGGGUAGUGGCAGGGGAUAGUGGCAGUGGUGUUGGUAACCGGGUUCCGCCGCCCGGCAAUCAUGGGGUGCCGCCCGUCGGCGAGCUGCUUCGCCUGCAAAGUGCGGAAAGUCAAGUGCGACCUGCGCAAGCCCUCAUGCAACCGCUGUACGGGCCUGGGCCGGCCGUGUCCCGGCUACGCGGACCCGUGGGCCAUGAUGCAUCGCCAGCAGAAUGCGUCGGCCGCGCACCAGGUCGAGACUCGCGUCGCCCGGCGGCUCAAGGAGAGGGAGGACUCCAAGACGUCAAACGGCGGCGGAGCAAACUCGCCGGGGUCGUCGUCGGCGGCGGCGGAGGAGGAGCGGAGAUGGCCCGCCGUGCCGAAGCCGUUCCAGGUUGACCCGGAGCUCGUGUCCCUCAACAAGUUCCACUCCACCUACGCGUCCGCCGGCGAGGUCGCCAUGUUCGCCAUGCUGCCGGGCCUCACGUCGGCGGGCAACCAGUCCGCCGUCUUCGACGAGGUGCUCCGGGCCACGGCGCUGGCCAGCUCGUCUCUCCAGAUGCAGCAGUCGGGCCUCAUGGUGCGCGCCAAACAGCAUUACCGCCGGGCCAUUAUGAAAAUCGGCGCGGCGUUGCAGAACCCGGCGACCGCGCAGGAUGACUCGGUCGUCGUUGCUCUGCUCACGCUCGGCAUUUACGAGGCAUUAAUACCGGACUCGACACCGAAAAAGAUCACGUCGCACUGCCGGGGGUCCUUAGUCCUCCUCCGGUAUCGAGCCGAGCAGGGUGUUGCGAGCUCGCUCGACAACGGCCUGCUGACGUUUCUCAUCCACCUCGGCAUACUCGAGACAUUCAUCGGGCUGUACGGCCGGUCUUCCGUCCUGCCCGUCGUGAAGAACGCCCCCUGGGCAAGACAUUGCGCCAUGGAACCUCUACUCGAGCGAGCGAUGGAUUUCAAGGAGACGAUUUGCAAUGCACUGCUGUCCAUCGAGACUUGGAGGUCGUCUGUCCCGCACAUCCUCCAGACCGGUCUCGACAUCAUUCGCGACCUCGAGGCCGCCGCGAACUACAGCAUCAUGUCUCCCGGCCCGCGCAAGACCGGGGCGGACGAACAAGGCCUGAACAACUUCAAUGGGCUGCUGAGCCGCAAGUCGUACGCGAGCGAGGCCAUCGUCCGGGGCCUCUACCUGACAGUCCGGCUGCACGUCCUCGAGUACAUCCUCGGUCUGUCGAUGGCACUCGGCGAGCUGACGCGCGAGGAGCUCAGCAUGCUCGCCAGCCUGCCGCACGGGCUGUCGGCGCUCGAGCAGGUCUGCGAGCAGAUCCGCGUCGUCUUCGGGUUCGACGGCCGGGAGCCCGCGUCGCGCGAGCUGGGCAUCGGCUUCAGCGCCUGGUGCAUGUUCUGGCCGAUGCUCGCCGUGCUCAAGUCCGGUUUCGCCGACAACGACACGAGGCUGUGGGUCAUGGACAAGUGCGCGACGGUGAGCCGGGCGUCCGGGUUCGGCAUGGCCAUGUACCAGAUGGGCUGGUUCGAGCAGAAAUCUUGCAAGGCGGGUGCGACUGGGUGAUUUGGGUUUGUCUUUUCGCUAUGUGGUCUUUGAGGGUGCGGUUUGCCGGCGACCGGAGUUUGAUAUGUGUGUGUGUGUGGGAAAUACCCGAUGAUGCCUGCUUCGAUUCGGUUCGAAUCCUGAUAUUCCAUGAAAUCAAAAGACUUUAAACUGUCGACUGCUGAUGCUUGUGCAUGUCCAACAGACCCUAUCCGAUGGGUGGCCGUGGGUGACAAGGAACACAGGGGAUUUCGUCCACGUCGAUUCUGAGGGUCGAGGAUCAUCGAGGCGCCGGCGGCGUCGGAGGCCGAAACGAUAAUGAACAACAGCUAGCUACAAGGGGCUUCGAAUUAUGGGCGACGACUUCUCGCGGCCCAUGAACUCCUCUCAGUCUACCCCUCCUCUCCAUAUGUUUGCACAUGUACUCUCCCGUAGAACGAAAGCUCACAGAGCCGAGCAGGAGGAUCUCAUCAACUUCGUAUCCCCUGCCAUACGCCGCCUUGUUUCACGUCCCAGCGACAUCUUCCCUGGGGUGGCAAGAAUGAUAUCUGGGAUAGCGUAGGUAGUGACAGAUGUGUUUGCGUGUGUGAGUGUGUAGGAUUUCACUCUAAUUCUCUGCCCAAUGCAUGUACAUCAG